AUGGGCGCGCUCGGCCGUCACCGCGUCCCCUCGUGUGCCUUCCGCAGCACCUGCUACUCGCCGCACAGAGCCUACGCCCAGAGCAAGCUGGCCCUCGUCCUGUUCACCUACCACCUGCAGGGGCUGCUGGCCGCCCGGGGCCACCACGUGACGGCCAACGUGGCGGACCCCGGCGUGGUCAACACGGACCUGUACCGACACGUCUUUUGGGGCACCGGGCUGCUCCGGAAGUUGAUGAUGAGCUGGUGUUUUUUCAAGACCCCGGACGAAGGAGCCUGGACGUCCGUCUAUGCGGCUGUCGCUCCGGAGCUGGAAGGCGUCGGCGGCCGCUAUCUGUACAACGAGAGGGAGACCGAGUCGCUGGCGGUGACCUACGACCCGGAGCUGCAGCACCAGCUGUGGGCCAGGAGCUGCCGGAUGGCCGGCGUCCCCGACGUGACCCCGGACGCACGCGGGGCACAGCCGGCACGUCACGAGGAUGCGGCCCUCGGCCCGGCCCCCGCCGGUCCGUGAGGCGUCGUGCGUCUGUCCGGGCCACGCCCACCAGCCCUCAGGGCUCUGUCCCCGUGGGUGGCCGGAGCUGCUGGGAUCUCAGGGAGCAAAGGGCACGCUGAGUGACACCCCGGGCAGGUGGCCCCCAGCCGUUGCCUUCUGAUAUCAAACUGUCAAAUUGUCACAGGUGCCAUUAAACCCUGCCACCCAAG